GUCACAUUUAAACGAAUCGGAGAGGUGUUAAUAAGACGAUACGUUUCUUAGUCCGAGUUAAAUAAAGGAUAGGCGAUGAAGGGAAUAUACGUCGCCAUCGUCUUCCUGGCAGCUUCGACCGUGAGCGUCGUGAACUCCGACCAGGAUUUUUCGGAAGAAGUCUUCUUGGAUGAUAUUCCUAUAGUAUGCCCAUUGCCACAACCAAAUUGGAGGAACACCACAACCAACAUCCCGCAUGAAAAUAAUUGCGUGUUGUUUUACAAGUGUAAACUGGGACAAGGUAUCGAACAAAUAUGUCCCUUGAUGAUCGAAGGAGAUCCAGAGUCGAGAUUGCAUUACAAUAGACGCCUGCAGGUUUGUGAUUGGCCAUGGCAGGCCGGUUGCGCAAGUUGCCCAAUACAGUAUCCAAAUGGAACAUUUCCGCCGCCGGAAAAAAUAAAUAAUCCAGCGAACGAUUGCGAGUACCUACAGUGCGAAAAUGGACACGCACUUGGACCAUUUCGUUGUCCAACUGGUACAUGCUUCAGUCGCACAUGUCAGGAAUGUGUUAGGGACAGGAAUAAUGGAAAAUGCAAUUGGGAAAUUCCAAUAUGCAUAGAAGGCGAUCGAAGACUGCAUGAUUGUUACUGCAAUUUUUAUGAAGAAUGUACAAGAAUUAACGGACAACUUCAUUGGAUCCAGCAUGUGUGCGAAGGUGGUAUACAUUUUAGUCCCACACAAAAAAGAUGCAUGCUACCGAAUGAAGCUAAUUGUCCACACAUAAGGCAUCUAUAAGGCAGAAAAAAAUUGUUUGUAUUAUAAAAACCUGGCAAACUAUUCAACGCUUAGUCUGAAGAAUAAAUGGUGUCACAAGUGCAGUUGCAGGUUACAUAUACGAAUAUAAAAGAAAGAAUCUUUUUUCAAAGUUUUUUUCUUUGAUAAGUAUAAAGAUAUGACUUCUCUCUCGUUUUCUCUCUUUAAAAAUAUACAAA